AUGUCGUCUCUCCAGCUCGCUGGCCGCAUCAUCUCCCUCCCGAACGAUCUCAGACGCGUCGCCUUGAAACAGGCAUUUGCAGCCUCGACGUCACGACUCCCAGCCAAAGCUCCCGCGCGAGCAUUCGCAACCUACAAUACCAACUUCGAAGCACCUCCGUCCCCGAGCUCCGUCAAUCAUGAAGAGGUGUCACAUUUCAACGCUCUCGCCUCAUCAUGGUGGGACCCGCACGGCUCGAGCAGACUGCUCCACCUCAUGAAUCCUCUCCGACACAAGUUCAUAAAGCAAUGCUUGGGCAGUUACGUCCGGGAUACCAGGGAAAAGCUCAGAUUUCUGGACAUUGGAUGUGGAGGAGGUAUAUUCGCCGAAUCCGCGGCGCGACUGCCGAUGACAGAGUCUGUCACCGCGAUCGAUCCCACGCCCGAAGUCAUCGCUGUCGCGAAAAAGCAUCGAAGGACGGAUCCUCUGCUUCUCGAACCCGGUCGCCUUACGUAUAAGAAUAUCCCGAUCGAACAGCUUCCACCACCGUCUACGCCUAGUGAAGGCUUCGAUGUCAUCUCCAUCUUCGAAGUGAUCGAGCAUAUCCAGACCCCUUCCACCUUCUUGGAGAGCAUAUUACCUCAUCUGAAGCCUGGCGGAUGGCUGGUGGGAUCUACAAUUGCAAGGACAAAUACUUCAUGGUUCACGACCAAAUUCAUCGCGGAAGAUGUGCUGAGGAUGGUACCGAGGGGAACACACGAGUGGAGUCGAUAUAUCCAGCCGAAUGAGCUGAGGGAAUGGGCGAGAUCGAAGCCGGAACUGGACGUGGUGGUGGGCGCCAAGGGAUGGCAGGUCAUGGGUGUGGUGUAUGUGCCUGGAUUCGGAUGGAAAGAAGUGCCCGGCAGUGAGGAUUGGGGAAACUACUUCUUUGCUGUGAGGAAGCUGCCGGAGAGUGCACAGUGA